UGUGUGUGUGUGUGUGUGAGAGUGAGUUCUGUUCUCCAUUGUCCCUUUCUCAGCAGCCUCCAUCCUUAUCAUUCAGUUCUUACAUAAGUGUUUUCUGUUGCGCGAUAAGUCUACAUCCUUUGUAAACACUGCAUGUGCUGCUUCUCACACUCAGUACUUUCUAUCACGAGACGAGAGUCCACACGUGUUGUGUAAAGUGUGUGUGCUGGAUGCAGGGACGCAAGGGAGCGAGCAGGUCUUAAAUAUUAAAGAGGCCCUGGAAAGUGAGGCACAGCGUUGGCUCACUGUUUGCCCUUCACUUGAAAGGAGUUGUGGUAACAGAGUAGGCAAACAAAGGCUAGACCUGUACUACAGGACAUAUCAGGGACAGCCCUCUCAAUAUAUGUGUGUGCGUAUGUGUGUUUGUGUGUGUCUCUGUCUGUGUCUGUGUGUGAAUGUCUGUGCGCGUAUGUGCUUAGCUACCCUGCAUUCUACACACACAGACACACACACACACACACACACACACAUACACCUACACACACACACACCUACACACACACAGACAGACACGCACACACACCCACACACACACCUGUUUGACUGUAACGUGGAAACAAACAGGAGCCUCCCAGGACCAGAGCGAGUGUGGUUUGAGAUGAAGUCCGCGGUGGGAAAAUCUCACAGAGACCAACGCAGGGACAGCAGCUUGCCAUAGCUUGGGAGAGCCAAACAGGGCGAGAUGUCUGAGGAAGACGCACCAGUCCCGGAGGCUCCAGUAGAGGGCGAUGUGGAGCCCGCAGUCGUGACUCCUUCCAGAGACAGCCGCAAGUUGGACUGCAUUAUCUGCUACAGCGCCUACAACCUGACCGACCGGCUGCCCCGCAAGCUGUACUGUGGGCACACUUUCUGCCAAGCGUGCCUGCGACGCCUGGACACCAUCAUCAAUGAACAGAUGUGGAUCCCCUGCCCCCAGUGCAGGCAGAACACCCCUCUGCCUCGAGGGGGCGCCAGCGGGCUCGACCUGGACCUGGCCGCCUUCCUGGGCGUGAAGGCUGAAGUGGAUGGUGCGAGGGGCGGAGGCGUAGGGGCCUGGCACGGCGGGCCCGGCGGCCUUGGCAACCACCUGGAGCCCAAGCCAUCCUUUAGCAAGCAGCCAUCGCCACCCAUCGUGGAGCAGCCGCCGUCGGCCUGGGUGCAGGGGGCGCUGGCCGAGCCGCGCUUCCAGCGGAGCCCGUGUUGCCGCCACUGCGUGCUCUGCUGCUGGUGCUGCUGAAUGCGCACGCCGCCAAAAGAAAAGGGACGAGCACCUGGCUCAGUGGAGACUGCAGGCUGCAUGUGUGAAGGCGCCACACAGGAACUGACAGUUCCUAGGGAGGACCUAAGAAAAGCAACUAAAGCCAGGCUGACACCACAAAAGUUGAUCCUGAUUUUGAAAUUGGGUUGCAUCACAUGCAUAAGGAGAAUCUCCUGAUGUUCUUAUCUCUAAUUUGAAAAUUUGAAAUACUACUACAAGACUCAAAAACAAUGGGGCUUGUGACCUUAGUGAAGAACCCUCCCAUUUUCUCAGGCAUCCGGGUGGGUCUUUGCCACUGCCACCAGAAAAGUUUCUGCAUUGCUGAAUUUGAGCCACUGUCUGUCAUUACAUAGCUCUGUAACACACCUAUGAGUCUACUGUUUAGUUUAAUAAAUAUGUUUGAGAAAGUUAAUCCAACUACAGACCACAGAUUAAGUAUUUCACUGGUCCAUCAAGUGUGCAGAACACGGGUCCCCCUUGGACUGGGACUUCCCAGUACAGCCCUGCAUGUGUUGGUAGUCAUCCUCAGGACAGUGCAGUUCCUGCAUGUCAAGCAGGAUUGAGGACAAAGAUGUCUGUGAACUUGAAACUUCCAUGCGCAUGAGUGUGAACUUUGAUGAACUUCAUAAUUAUCAGCUGAUGGACUUUCAUGGUGUUUAGACUUUCUCCUGCCUGCUCUAGGUGUGUUGUACUGACAUGGACGACAUUCAAAGUUAAUACUGUCUCUGCUUCCUACAAGUCUGGGACACUACCAUCCUCUCAGGACUGCUGCUAAGCAAAGGUCCUCGCAAAGGACAUGUGAUCCUGCAAGGCGAAACCAGUCGUCUUGCGCACAGUGCUAUUUUGAGAAAAUCCACGAUAAACAAACG